GAUCCCUGGGGGACUCAACCCGAUGGAUCCCUCCCCGCAAAAUUCGUCCUCCACCGCCGGUAACGGCGGCCUCCCCUCCACCGGGGCCGCCGCCGCCUCCAGCCCCGCCCCCAACCCGACCUCCGCCGGGACCAUCGGCUCCGCGGCCGACCCUGCCGAGGAGGCGAAGCAGAACCUGACCCAGGUCAUCAACUCCGUUGACAAGACCCUCGGCCUCCUCCACCAGCUCUACCUCACCGUCUCUUCCUUCAGCGUCGCCUCGCAGCUCCCGCUUCUCCAGAGACUGAACGCCUUGGUGGCGGAGCUUGACGCGAUGCAGAAGAUGGCGGACAAGUGCAACAUCCAGGUGCCUAUGGAGGUCGUCAAUUUGAUUGACGAUGGGAAGAACCCUGACGAGUUCACUAGGGAUGUGAUCAAUAGUUGUAUUGCCAAGAACCAGAUAACCAAAGGAAAGACUGAUGCUUUUAAGAGCUUGCGAAAGCACCUUCUUGAGGAGCUUGAUCAGGCUUUUCCUGAUGAAGUGGAAACCUAUAGGGAGAUCCGUGCUUCUUCUGCUGCUGAAUCGAAGCGGCUGGCACAGUCCCAGAGUGCUCUACCGAAUGGAGAUGUCAAAGUGAAACAAGAGCACUAAUAGGCAUAUUGGCUAUUCCUGUUCAUUUCAGCUAGUGUGCAACCUAACUUGAUAAAAUGUUUCCUGAUAUUCAAACUAAGCUUUGUACUGUUUUCUAUUAGUAGAUGGUUGAGCUCUGUGUUUUUAAGCUUGUAGAAAAAUGAAUCAUAUAUAUGUCUGACAUUAUAAUAUUACAUGUAUCCAUGUCCAGAUAAAAAAAAAAAAUUUAUAGUUUUUUAAUC